AUGGAUCCCUUUGUAGAAGUGAUAACAGCUGCAGUGUUCACCAUGAAAUCCUUCCGAAAACACGACCUGAAACCCAAUACCAUCGCCAUUCUUCCACCUCAAGGCUACCAACCCAAGAGAAACUAUUCCCAGGCCUGUAUGCACUGGCUCCAAUAUCUGAUGGAAACGGACCCCCAUCUGCACCUCCAGCAUGCCAGGAAUGGAGGUGAAAAAGAGUUCACGUGUGGACAGGGCCAACAUCGGUACAGCGUGGAUGGCUACGAUCCAGCGACAGGCACCAUCUACGAAUUCCUGGGCUGUUUCUGGCAUGGGUGCCAGGCCUGUCACAAGACCCAACGUGGAGAACCACAUCCCGUCCUGGGCACGUCGUUGGGAGCCCGUUACACGGACACCCACUACCGCUUGAGUCACUUGAGUCAACACCCUGAGGUGAAACGGAUCGUCACCCUGUGGGAGCACGAGUUUACGAAAAUGCAACGGGAGGACUCCGCUCUGCGUGCUUUCUUGCAGGGACCCCACUGUAUUCACGUCCCUGGGCCGCUCAACCCUCGCGACGCCUUCUAUGGAGGACGCACCAAUGCCACGCGAUUAUGCUACAAAGCCCAAGAAGGUGAAACCAUCAAGUACAUCGAUGUUUGUUCCCUUUAUCCAUACAUUUGUAAGACCGGAGCGUUUCCCACGGGACACUCGACCCUUCUCCAUCAACCCCCUGUGGACACGUUGUUUGAACUGAAAGGCCUGAUCGAAUGCCGUGUCCUACCCACGAAACGACUCUACCAUCCGCUACUGCCUCCUGCUUUGUCCUUCGUGCCGUUCGUGUGCCGAUACCCGGUCAGACUCCCCUGCGAGCACACGGACGAAGAGAGGUCAUGGGUGGGGACGUACGCCACCGUAGAACUCCAGGAAGCCGUGAAGAAGUAUGACUACCAGGUGCUUCAGAUCUACGACGUUUGGCAUUUUGACACCUUUGCACAGCAUGAUCCCGACACCCAGCAAGUGGGACUCUUUGACACUUACAUCGAACGACAUUUCAAGGAGAAGCUCGAAGCCAGCGGAUACCCCGAAGGAUGUAUGGAUCACGACGCUUACAUCCAGGAGAUCUACGACAAAGAAGGUAUUGGGUUGGACAAGGACCGCAUCGAAAAAAAUCCAGGACGUCGCACGAUUGCCAAGAUGCAACUGAAUUCCCUCUAG